AUGGGAAAUAUCAUUAAUGCACUCCGAGUGAUUAACAACUAUGUUCAAUGGUACACUGAUCCAUUGCCAUGUUUUACUUCGAUAGAGUCAUCAAAUGAUAGAAUUUUUUUUAUCUGUACAUCAACUAAUAAAGAUAUAAUUGCUAGAGCAAAUGCUAUGGUAUCUGUUGAAGCCAUCUUCAUAUUGAAAUUAGAUGAACAAUCAGUUAAAGUAGAUUUCGUCAAACUCGUCGGUAUUUAUAAAGAACAAGAAGAGCUGUUUCGCGCACUUAAAGAAACUCUCGAAACAUUUCAACAAAUCAGAUUUGAAGAAUUUUUAUUCGAGGAAGACAAUACGUUUCUCUGGUUGCAAUUGUGGAGAGAUGAGAUAAUGACGCGAAAAUCGAAAAUCGGUAAACACGAAUUUAUCGAAGUCGUUCAAAACUACUAUCGACACAAUAAUAAAAUAAUUACACUAAUAGAAGAUUUAGAACAUUCAUAUAUUGCAGCUCAUGCUCUUACUUGGUGUUUACGUUCUCCAUUUCCUUCACGUUUUAUUAAUCAUGCACUUUACUCUCGAAAUAUGGAGCAACUCAAUUUUAGUCGUUUUCUUAUCAGUGAUGCAUCACACUUUUUACAACAACAAUCGAAACACCAUUCAAGUGCACAAUUCUAUCGAGGCAUGAAAUUACCUAGAGAACUUGUCGAGAAAUUCGUCAAAAGUAUUGGUGGCCUCAUAUGUACCAGUUGGUUUUUAGUUUGUACUAAAUCGAGAACGAUGGCCUUGGCAGCUGCUUCAUCACCAGCAUACCGUCCUGAUCUCAUACCAGUUUUAUUUAAAAUUGAUUGUGAUUCGAUGACUCCAUAUUUUGAAUUGUCUAAAAAUGUCUCGUCGCCAAUUAUUAUAUUCGAUGUAUCUACUGCCUUCCGAAUUUUACACGUCGGUCAAGAUCAAAUGGUGGUUGUGAAGAUGAAAAUAGUCAGUGACGAUGGACAGAAAGUGGCUCGUGAAUAUAAGGAAAAACAUAAAAGUGUAUCUAUUGAAACAUUAUUAGAUCAGCUUGCAAAUCCUUCAAGAACACGCAUCCUGCAACAAUCACUCAAGGAUGCUGCCCAAAGUCAAGGUAUAUAA